AUGGACCCCUCAAACCUCCAAAAGCAGCGUGAGCCAGAGGAGCCACGCUAUCUCGACUUCCCCCAUCUGCCUGAUGAUGCUAUGCGCGACGGGAAACCUAUACUCAAUAAGUACUCGUCCACAGUCACUAGAGACCAUGACUUCCCCGGCGCCCAAGCAAUGCUCUACGCCGCGGGAGUGCCAGACAAGGAGACCAUGAAGACAGCGCCUCAUGUGGGUGUUGCUUCGGUGUGGUGGGAGGGCAAUCCUUGCAAGUAA